GUCAUGAUUGCCGUGAUCAUGUUAUCCUAUCGGUACAAAAUGAACCCGGACAACCUGGCGACUCCUCUGGCCGCGUCCAUCGGCGACGUCGUGUCCAUCAGCAUUCUCUCCACAAUCGCGUCGGAAUUCUACAACAACAUGAACAAACAACAAUUGUGGGUGCUGUACGUCGUUCUAGGAAUGUUCUUGGUGCUCAUGCCGAUUUGGAUUGUAAUCGUGCUGAAGAACUGUUACACGAGAAAAGUAUUGAAGUCCGGUUGGGUGCCCAUCUUGUCUGCUCUUCUGAUCAGUGGCGGAGGCGGAUUAGUUCUUGAGAGAAUGAUUGACUCCUAUAAAGGAUCCGAAGUCUUUCAGCCGGUGAUUAACGGAAUUGGCGGCAACUUAGUAUCGGUGCAAGCGUCUCGAAUGUCAACCAUGUUGCACCAGUCUUCUAUCAUAGGAAUCCUGCCGCCGCACGGCAAAAUUUUAGUGACUCCGUGGGCCGCGCUCUUCGUAGGAUGUACGUAUAAUUUCUUCCACGGAAAGAAAAGCGGCGGUCAAGGGCGUCCGCA